UUUUUUUUUGUGGCGUCAGAUUCCAGUGUAAACAAAGAUGCGCGAAAUGUUUAUUAUAUAUAUAAUUAUAAAAAGUCGUAUUUUAUUUUUCUAUAUGUGGAAAUCGUGUAACAUUUAUUUUAAAGUUUCGUACUAACAAACGGUUAUUUCUUAGUUAAAUGUAUAUAGUAAAUUAAUAAAACCGUAUAUAUUUAAGUUAAAAAUUGAUGACUAAUGGAAGUAAAUUAUAUUUAUAAUGAUUACAGACGUCUUAUAGUGAGAGAUAGCACAAAUAUGGAUGAUUUUCAAAUAAUUAUCAAGGGUGGUUUAGUUGAGGUAGUUUCCAGUGUUUCGCGCGCUCUUUAUUUGAAAACGGCAGUAACGGUCGAUCAGUUGAACGUAACGAGUGAUAACAAUCACAUUUUCAGUGACGUUCCACUAAAAACAAUUCAACAAUUAAUGCUGGAACAUUGAAGAUGAGCAUCCAGUCCACCAGGAAGAAGUGAAAUCUGUAAAGCCAGAGUUUAUUGAAGGACAGAGAGAACAUGAGUCAUCUAGAACCCUGCAGAAUCAAACACACUGAAGAACAAACAGACCUGAUGGUAGUGAAAGAGGAAAGUCAAGAGCUGCUCGAGGAGAAACAUAAUUUCAUACCUGGAGAAAAAUCUUUCAGUUGUUCACUGAUUGAUAAUAACAAUAAAUCCCAAAAACUAGGAAGAGUCGAAAAAAAUUUCAUCUGCCCUCAAUGUGCGAAGAGUUUUACGCAAAAAAUCGGCCUUGAGCGCCACAUGCUCAUUCACACCGGCGAGAAACCCUUCACUUGCUCUCAAUGUGGGAAGGGUUUUAGGUGUAAAAGGAACCACGUGGAUCACAUAAGGAUUCAUACAGGAGAGAAACCUUUCUUGUGUCCUCAAUGCGGAAAAGGUUUUGCGCACUCAGGAGCCAUUAGGAGGCACAUUAAAAUUCACAGUGGAGAAAAGCCGCACACAUGCAAUCACUGUGGAAAGAGUUUCACCUAUAAAGAAAACCUUAAGGAGCACAUGAGGAUCCACACAGGAGAGAGACUAUACACUUGUGUCGAGUGUGGAAAGAGCUUCACACAAGUCAGCAGUCUUAAAGAACAUCUUCACACUCACUCUGCUGUCAGGCCAUUUAACUGCGAUCAAUGCGGUAAAACUUUUCUUUUAUCAUCCAUACUGAAGAGACACUUGCAAGUUCACAGGCAGGGGAAGCCAAACUGCUGUACUCUGUGUGGAAAGAGUUUCACACGACUGGAUGGUUUUAAAGAGCAUCAGAAGAUGCACACCGGUGUGAGAACUCAUGUGUGUUUCGAGUGCGGGAAUGGGUUUAUAUCAGCCACACACUUGAACGUGCACCAGAGGAUUCACCGUACAAAAACUGUACAAGUGAUCACACUGCGAUAAGAGGUUCUCUCACUCAGGAACCCUAAAAGCACAUGAGAGGAUUCACACCGGAGAGAAACCAUAUCAUUGCACUCUGUGGGAAGAGUUUCAACCAAUCAAACCAGCUGCUGAGUCAUAAGAAGAAACAUCACUCUGUGUUGCCACAAUACGCUUUUAAUCUUCAGAAACCAGGGCUUUCUAAGAGGUGUGUGUGUGUGUGUAGGACACAAAAGUUUGGGGUCAGUAUUUUCUUUCUUGUAAGAAAGUGAUCUUGAGCAGCAAAACAGAAUGAUUUCUGAAGGAUCAUGUGACACUUAAGACUGGAGGAAAGAUGCUGAAAAUUCAGCUUUGAUCAGUAAUAAAUCACAUUUUAUAAUAUAUUCAACAGCUAUUUUAAUUUGUAAUAAUAUUUCACAAUAUAUUACAGUUUUUUUACUGUAAUUUUCUCAAAUAAAUGCUGCUUUGGUAAGCAGAAGAAACUUCCUUUAAAACCAAUUAACAAUCUUAAUUAUUCCAAACAUUUAAAUGAUUGUAUUAGUAUUUUAAAUGCCUUCAAAACUGGUAUUUACAUGCCUCAUUAAAAAUGUUUUGAACAUGAACAAAUAAAAAGUAACUACUUGUACGUAUGUAUGUAUGUG